CUUCCAUCGCAGGCUCGGCUCCCCGCCACAGCGAAGCCUCCAUCCACCCCUUGAUCGGGGAUACUUGUAGCCUCGCUCGCGUACUUCAGCCUCCCGUACGAUGCUUGGCAUAAAAUAAACCUAGCAUAUUGUUGUUUCCCCGGAUGUUCAGUUGUGGCCAAUAAGGGGAAGGUACCCCAACACAGGCAGCAGCGUUAUGUUAUAAUUAUAAGAUGCCCACCGGCGCUGCUGUACUCCUUUGCGUGUUCGCAUAUCUGGGAAGGUAGCCGUCCCCACUACUCUCUACACAUAGAGAGGCACCUUAGCCAUGUCUGGGACCAAGGUCGUCGGCGAAACCAGCCCAAGGUCCUUCCUCUUCUACAUUGUCGCCGACAUUGGUCCCUCGGAAUCGGGCUACAGCCACCGUCCACUCGCAGUGGCCUACCGCCAGGGCCAUGGUCUCAGCCCCGGGCGAUAUGAUACUCGUGCCGAGUUGCGUGUGCACCAUGUCCUCGAAGACUGCGCGCGCCUCGCAUCCAUCCUGUCCGACCCAACAAACCGUGCCGCCUUAGAGGCCGAGAUGGCACUGGCCAGAUCCUGGUAUCAGGGACGCCUUCAGCGCCCUUUACCGCACCCCCCUGUGGUACCAGACGAGAUGCAGCCUGCGUUUAGCAACGAAAAGUGGAAAGACACGAGGACCGGCAUGCCGGACAGGCCUGAGCUGGAAUGGUCAGGCGGCAUUCAUACUUUACUCGCCUAGGCGACGUGCAGGAACAGUCACUGGAUACCGUCUUUCACCUUAAUAACGUCGAGUACGGCGCCAUCGUGUUUGACGUAACGGACCUCGACAACGUUGGAUACGGCAUCCUCAGCUCGAGGGUGAUCUACUCAUUCGAGGGCUAUGAUUUUACUGAGGAUUUUGAGCAGGAUAUGUACGGCAUUAUGGACGGCUGGCGCCCCACCAACAUGCCGGCGAUUGAGCUAGAGAAGUCCCGGGCGCGACCGCUCUCCGGAACUGGCUACAUGCGCCAAUACGGCAUGCACAAUGUUACGAGUGCCAUUGAGCGGCUUAGGAGACAUUCGGUCAUCAAGGGAGCCGUGAUAAAUUACGUCUGUCCUCCCUCCAACUCCGUUGCGGAGCCUAGAGGACCUGCCCGACAAAGCGUCACCCCCGACGAGGAGAUUUCUCGUUUGAUCCAAGCCGCCCGAGACACUGAGCUGGUUAUCGAGGAUUUUGGAGACACUAUCGGUCAGCCAGAAUUCCAGAGCCGCCUACUCGCGCGGCUCCAGCGAGAUCCCGGUGCACUGGACGGGCCUCAAUCCGUAACGCAGCUCCUUGGUCUGGCCUUCUCUGGGCAAAGCCAUCUCAACUUAGUUGCCUUGAAGUGCCUGUCAUACGAUACCAUCGCCGCUACUCUUAGUUCGACAAGACUGGGAGAAGUGGAGGCCCUCAGUAUCUGCCUCGACGGUAUCAGCGACGGCGACUCGCCAGAACCCCUCAUCAAUGCCCUUGAUCUGCACGAGAGUAUUCGUACAAUUUGUUUUCUCGAGGGUCCGCUAAGGACCGACGAAGUAAAGUCCACUCGACUCUUCGCGCAGCUUCGGGAAUCACCCCAUGGACGCAGCCUCUUGAGUUCGAGACGCGUCAUCCUAACAGGCGCCUUUUCCGCUCCCUUUCAAAGAAAACAGUGGCUCCCUGAUCCGGCAGGAAAUACGACUCUUUUAAAGGAUUUCCCCGUUCAGAAACUGUUCGUUCGUCAGCAGUACCUCGAUCUUUCUGAUGAGAGGAGUCCUCCGAGAUUCCGACCAUGCCACUUCUCCCUCGCCGACGCGCUGUUGAGACCACGGUUUCUGGUCGACGGCUUCCUGCGGUACUGCCAGUCCAUAAUUACGGAUCGGUUCCUCUUCAGCUUGGCGGCCACACCCUCCAACUUGGUGGCUGACGAGGGACAGUUCCCCGGCUUGACCAUCGACCCCAUCCCCGCGGAGAAUUGCGCUAUCCCGGAGUCAGCGCGUGCCUCGGAGGUAAACGAAGAAGGCCAGAGGGUAGACCUCUGGCCUGCUCUCCGUCCCCUCGAGCCCGGCAGCUGGAUUGUCCUCGUCUCACGCGAGUGGCAUACGACCCGGCCCCAGAGACGGAAGAUAGUUGCGCUCGGCUCCCUAGAUGGCAUGGACCCCGGCCUGCCAUUGGUACGCUACGCAUUUCUGCGCGUGAAGGAGCGCAUCGAGCUGCCCGAUGAGCCCGAAGAGGCUGUGGACGCAUUGACUGCGCCAGAGUACUUAGAGGUCGUGGGUGGGGUGAAGGAGUUCCUCCGCCAGACGGCGCCGUUUUUCGACGAGGGGACUGUCGACGCUCGUCUUGACGAGCUGAAAUCGGCCAUGAAGGAGCAGUGGCCCGGGAGGCGCGGACCUGGCAAGCCCUUCCUCUCUGUGUUUGACGAGCAGACGGCUCGAUCCGUUAUGGGGGACUUUCUACGCGACGCGAUGCGGGUGAGGGAGAAUCUGAAGAUAGCUAUGUUCGAGAUGCCCGAGGAGGAGAGAUGGUAUCCUGAGUUGUUGGCUGGGCUGCCGAAAAGCCGCCCCCGCAAGAGACGUCGGGUCGACCCGAGCGCCAGGUCGUCCGCGGGGUCAUCUGCCAGGGGCUACAGCGUCUUUAGGACAUUGUACGACCCGGAGAUGCAAGAGACGGUCGUUCUAGGGACAGACACGCCAGCGCUACCUCCGUUGGUGUCGCCGUAUUAUGUUUCGGACGAGAGUGACUUAUAAAGGGGAGGGCGCAAUAGGGCGUGCCUAUAGUGCAGUUCACUAUGCUGAACUAUGUAGCCAGGCAUCAAAGCGUCGCUCCUAGCGGAUGUAAAGAGUAGGGGUGAGAUAGUGGAAGUAAAGUUAGCUUUAGCUUUUAGCGUUCGUUUAGUGGCAUUUAGUUAGCUAUUUCAUAGUCCCUAUCUUGUAUCCCCUUGUUCUAAUAGUGCGCAAUCCUCAUAACACGAACAAGUUAGCACACAGAACCGUCCUUCAAGCACAAC